GACAGAUCAUCUCAUUGCGCGAAGCUAUUCAGCAACUGUCGGCAAAAAUGUCUGCUACGGCGGGUGCAGGCGGUUGUGGACCCGGUCCAGGACCCAAUUCGGGUGCCGGGACAGCGGCUUCAAACCCCCGAAAGUUUAGCGAGAAAAUAGCUCUUCAUACCCAACGUCAGGCUGAGGAGACUGCUGCUUUUCAGGAGGUUAUGAUGGACAUCACUUCUACGAGGAUACAGGCUCAAAAAGUGCGCUUGGCCAGAACGCAGGGUCCCUACUACGGCGGCUCCCUACCCAACGUCAAUCAGAUCGGCAGAAACACGGGGGACUUUCAAGGGUCGUUCCAUUCUAACCUGGACUCGAGCCGCUCCACGAGACACCAUGGCCUGGUGGAGAGAGUUCAGAGAGACCGCAGGUUCAUCUCCCCUGUGCGUCCCUACAGGAGACAAGUGGACAGCUCUCCGUACAACUCUGCCUACCUGUCCCCUCCCCCAGACCCCAGCUGGAGAAGGAACUGGUCCGGCAACUUCCCUGGGGACAAAAGCCAGUUGUUUCGGCUGCCCACCACAGCACUCAACAGGACAAACUCUGACUCGGCACUGCACACCAGUGUGAUGAACCCGCCUGCAGGGGAUCCCUUCAACGCCGGCCACACCCUCACCCACCAGGGCAGACGCACCGGUCAGGGAGAGGGAGAGGGCCGAAGAAUGUUCCCUUACCCGGUUCCCCCUAUAGAAGAGAAUGUUCUAGACAAGGGCAAACUCCUCAAGCCUUGGGACGCGAAAAAAUUGCCGCUUCUCUCGUCACGUCCCAAGUCCUGUGAAGUUCCUGGCAUCAAUGUGCAAGAGGGCUUAGGGAGGGAAGAAACGAAGAGAUACUGUAGACUCUUGAGACGCAUCACAGAACGGUCUCAGUUCCGGAGUCUCCUGGCAUCUCUUCAGGGAACACUCAGUAACCCCUCUCUGCAGUCAUCACUAAGCAACCCAAACAUCCAAUCAUCUCUCAGCAGCCACUCCUUUCCCAACUCCCUCAGCUCCACUUCCCUACACUCGUCCCUGAGCAACCCCUCCCUCCAGUCCUCCCUCAGCUCCUCCCCCUCCCUCCAGUCCUCCCUCAGCAACCAAUCCCUGCACUCCUCUCUCAGCAACUCCUCCCUGAGUGGCCAGUCGCUCCAAUCAGCGGCUAGUAACCCCAGCUACAGUAGUGGAGUGGGUGGGUCCGGCUCCUGCUCCUCCUCCUAUUCACCAAUGCUCACUGGCCAGGGCCAGCCGCCACUCAGCACAUCUCCAAGGAGACGGGCCCAGCUCUCCCCUUUGAUCUUACCCAUGGGAGGGGAGUCUCGGAGGCACCAUUCCAAACAGUUUUCUCCAACCAUCUCUCCCACCUUGUCCUCCAUCACACAGGGCGUUCCUCUGGACACCAGCAAACUGCCCAUGGACCAGAGACUGCCCCCUUAUCCCUUCAGCCAGUCCCAGCAGCACCAGCCGGCUCCUCCAGGCUCCCACCAGGCCCAGCAGUCCGGCCUGCCCGCCCCCCAGACAGGCCAGCAGACCUCCAUGGCCAUGCACCCAGCAGGCCAGCAGCAGCAGCAGCAGAACCCGCACCACCACCACCACCAACAGCAGCUGCACUCACCGCACCAGCGCCACCAGGCGCACCAGCAGCUGCACCUGCACAACCUCCGCAACAGUCAGAACCAGCACGGGCAGCAGCACAUGGGCACGAGGCAGCAAGCUCUACAGGUUAACGCCACCCAGGUCAACUCCCAGAGCCCCCUGGAGCAGAGUGUGCAGAGCCCCCAGUGCCUGCAGACUACAGACCAGAAGCAGCAGCAACAACAACAACAACAACAACAGCAGCAGCAGCAGCAGCAGCAGCAACAACAACAACAACAACAACAACAACAACAACAACAACAGCAGCAACAACAGCAGCAACAACAGCAGCAACAACAGCAGCAACAACAACAACAACAACAACAACAACAACAACAACAACAACAGCAGCAGCAGCAGCAGCAGCAGCAGCAACAACAACAACAACAGCAGCAGCAGCAGCAGCAGCAGAUGGAGCAGCAGAGACAGCAAAGUGGCCUCCCUCAGCUACAGCAGAUCAGCCAAUCCCUGGCCACAGACCUAGGGCUAUACAACGACACGUUACUGCUGAACUCCCUGAUCGACGACCCCUACCUAGGUCUACAGCUCUCAUCCAGACAGAACCAGCAGUUCAACAUGGAUACCCAGGGUGAAGGCCUGUCAUUCAGCCAUGCUCUGGGCUUCGGCUCCAUGGCAGGGAAGGGCCAGGAGGGCCCCUACUCCUCCAACCAGGGCUCUCUGGAUCCAGGGGACCAGCAGCUCCUCAACAACCAGAACCAGAACUAUGGGGGCGAGGGGCAGCACAACGUUCCCAACAUCAUACUCACUGGAGACUCUCCUCCAGGCCUGUCCAAGGAGAUUGCCAGUGCCCUCUCUCAUGUCCCGGGCUUUGAGAUGGACCCGUUCUCCCUGGACGACCCCCUCAGGAUGGAUCCCCUGGCCCUGGAGGGACUGGGCAUGUUGGACGGAGACCUCAUGCUGGCCGACCCCGCCGUGGAGGACUCCUUCCGUUCGGACCGCCUCAAAUGACCCGCCACCCAGCCCCGCACUGCCUCCCCAUCCCCUCUGGAGUCAAUGUGUUUGGGGUGAAGGGGGCAGAGUGGUGUAGAAACUCCCCUCUUCUCCACCAAAACGUAGCCGACUGAGGUGACGCAGAUUGGAUGGAGCCCUGCUUUGCUAGACUCUCUCGCUGGCAGUUGACCAGCUACAGGAUUCGCAAAAUGGGAUCCAAACGUUUAAGAGAUUUGGGUUCAUUUUGGGCAGAAAAUCCACAUGCCCUCUCUUUGUUAUGGAGCAACUGUGGAUGAGGUUAUUUCUGCUACAUUCAAGCACUUGUUGAAAAUGCUAUUAUGAUGCUUGAGGAGUUAAAACUAAACUAAACAAAAUAGGCAUUAGGUUGUACAAGUCUUAUCUGCAUGGUAACUAAAUGCACUUGGGAUAAUGCAAACACGCAGGGAUCACGCAUGUGAUGUCAGCUUGAUAUAAAAGAAACAAGUCAGUUGCACUUCUUAACCCUUGUGUUAUCUUCGGGUCAUUGUGACCCAUCAGUCAUUGUGACCCACCGUCGUAUCGCGACAAAUUUACCGCAUACAAAAAUAAAGUGAAGCAUUUUCUUUUAACCGUUGGGCUGUCUCAGACCCCCCACAUUGCAAAGGUUAAAAGAAAAUUAUUUGUAUUUGUUUUUGUAUUGGGUAAAAUUGGGUAAACACAACGAUGGUUAGUUAUGAACCUUUGGGUCAUGUGACCCGAAGGCAGCACAAGGGUUAAUAAUCUUAUGAUAUGCAUUUGUCAAGCCAGGCCUUAACUAUCCUUUUUUGGCUUUGUGUAGACUGUUUUCACUCCUACACUCUAAUGAGAGGCCUGGAGUUACUGACCAAAUUUGCCAUAACUAAUAGUAGAAUAAUAAUUCAACUUCAUGAACUGUACAACCAUUUUUUCCCUAUUCUCUUCAUCGCUACCAGCAACUGGCUAGCCAAUUGAGAAUUGGGCCUUUUGACUUGUCAAAAAGGUAUUAUUUUAUUUAGUGAAUCCAGGCUAAUUUGUGGCCAACGUUUCAACAGUCAUAGAAGUCAUACAGAAAUCAGAAUGACCAAGCUCCUGUAUUUCGGUGUUAAAAAAAGUGAGUUUAAGAAACAUGUGGCCAUUUUGUAUAUCGUUUUUUUCAACGGAAGAUCAUCUCUAGCCAUCAUAUGUAAUGCUUCUGUUCUUUUGUUUACAUACUUUAGAAGAAAAAGUAGUCUUCAUUGGACAUAUACACCACAUGAUAGCCACAGAUUUUAUAAGCCGACUCAAUCUGGUAAUUUACCAAUCAAGAGUUGAGUAGAUUUUUCAGAACCAGAACUCAAAUGUUUUUUCUCUCAGCUCUGUUUUGCUGGCCUAUCUGAUCCAUUGUCUUGCGUAUACAGCUUGUUUCAACAUGGCAGCUGUAGUUCCUUCAACGCCAGUUUUUCUCUCUGCCACCUGGUAAUAAGUCUGGAUAUUGUUUGUAAGCUUUAGCUGUGGAACUUUUGCUAUGUACCUUGUGUGCCUGCUAUAGCGUCGGCACCCUUUUUAGAAUAUACACCUGCUCCGGAUAAUUUGUUAGAAUAGAGUGAAAAUGAAUAGCAUUUAAGAAGCCCCUUCCUUCAGAAGAAGGAUUGCAUUUGAAAUUAUGAAAGAACAAAUGGGUUUUGGGGUUGGUGUGGGGGAUAACCAGAGGUUGGGGGGUAAUGCAUUUAAACAAGAUGUUUCGUGUGAUUUGAAGUAAUUUGAAUACGCAAGGCUAACUAAGUUGGCAAACGCACAGCUGUAUCGUGUCCUAUGUAUUGUAAACGCUGCAAUCCCAAGGUUGUUGAGCUUUAGUGUCUGUUUUAGCCAGAUAAUCCUAGUCACUGUGAUUGAUGCCUGUUAACUCCUCCCAACUCCCUGCAUCUGCUGCACCCGUCUUGCCACAGUAAGGGCCAUAGCCAGAGUAUAGCAACAUAUUUUUAUGUAACAGUCGUUAUUACUAUGAAGAGGUUUUAUUUUUUAAUCAAAGGAGGUCUAUAUGUAUAUAUUAAUAUAACUAUGAGAGUAUAUUUAAGAAAACAUGCCUUUUGAAUUCAGCAACAUCCCAAAACCAGUUGCAUAAUUUGCGAAGCAACAGGUUUUGAGCAGCAUAGUCAGUUUGCGUUUUCAAAUGGUCUUGUGCAUGUUAUGUGUGACCGUCCGGUUGCCGUCCAAAGCAUUUUCUGGUAAAUUGGAGUAUAUUUCAACGUUGCUAAAAUUGUUUUGAAAUAAGGCAAUGAUCCAAAACCCCUAUUUGUUUUGUGUCCUGUCAAAUGGCGAUCCUCAAUGCUUUGAUGGCAUUAUGGCAUGAUAUUUUUCCUUGAUGAAAUGGAAGCCCAGCUUGAUAUCAGAAACAACAGGAAGUGAGAAUGCUUUAGAUUAGAUCAUGUAUCUAACAAUCAUGACAAAGGUUGAAAAUGAGGCUUAAUUCCCUGUGAUGAUCCAACAUGUAUGGAAACUUGAGAUUUUAAAGCUAUAGACACCUGUUACAUCAUUCAUAAUUGGCUGCCACACAGCCUAAACAUUCAGUUUAAAUUGAUAUCGCAAUAAUAUCAAGUUUCCAGUGCUUGUGUUCCAAAGCAGUGUUUGUGUGGACUAACUUGGAACUGGUUGUAUUUAGUAUGUAGAAAGUGGAUGCCAUUACACUGUAAACAAUCAUUUUGACCAUGUGACUUUUAAACAUAAUGGCGAUAUGCUUGAGUGUUGGUUGGAAAGUUUGAACCUUGAGAAACCAUACACCACUGACCCUAUCCAACAGGUCUACUAAAGAUUACAUUGUGUGCUGAAGUCACAGCUAGCAUGAUAGGUUUGAGCUGUCACUGUGUCCCCCUUGUGCCUGAACUCAUAGCUUGCUGAUUGCCAUUAUGUUGGUAAGGGAAGCUUGUUACUGAUAAUUAUUAUGCAUUUUGAAUAUUGCUACUUGGGGGGAGGGGGGGUGUCGGCAGGAGAAAAUGAAAUCCAAUUACGGUAACACAAUUGGGAAUUUGUUACAAGCUUGUUUGCAUUGCUUAGUCCUGUGUUUAUUAUUGUUAACUUUUAUGUUCUGAUUUAUAUGACUGCACUGUGGACCAUUCCCAAACAAAACGAAAUGUUUCUGUGAAGUGAGAUUCAAAUUGCAAAAAAAAACUAGCGAGAUUUGGUUUUGUCCUAGAUGGUGUGUCUUGAGUCCCGCCUGUUUUUAAAAGUUAUCCAGAUGGGGGAAGUACUUUUCAGUUUUGGUCUGAAGGGUAUUUUUAUGAAGUUAUGAUUGGAGUUUCAGAGUCAGUGCCGGUAGCUGAAUCUUGAUGUGAGAAACCAUUGAUAUCCACUGUCACCUGGUGUGAGAACAGACUUGAAAAAGUAGAGAAUUUUAUAGUUUAUUUUUCUGCACUUUGCCAUUUGGAAACCCAUAAGUCUAUCUAUAUGGGAGGCUUACAUUUGGUUGUCCUGUGUGAAUUGUUUUGGGUUGAAAUGUUUGCUCUCUAAGAAUUUAUUGUGAAUAUGUGACAAUGUUACACCCUGCCUCAUUGAAAUGUAGCCGUCACUUUGCCAAUUGUUGACGCUUUUUUCAGGUAAUUGUCAUGAUGUGUAUUCAAAAAUACACUGCCAAGUUUCUGUUCGUAUUCGUAUAAUCGUAUUUGUUUCAAUGCAAUUUUAGUUACUGAGAGGGAACACUAGGCUUCCCGUUUCCCACUUCUACGUCUGAGGUAUUCGGAAUAUAUCUUCAUUACAGUUCUGGCAUUUAAUCAAAGCAUUUUUCAUAGCUUUUUUAUUAGCUCUGCGCUUACAUUUCAGCAUCUGCCUGUGAGGCAAAAAACCUGGGAUUUGAGAACACUGCAUGGCAAAAGCACUGUGGUGUUGAAUUCUGCCUGUAGGGUGUGCUGUUGAUCAGCGUUGUAGUAUGUGGAAUUUGUAAGAUGGCCAUAUUUUUAUUGACGUUAUUGUAUUAAUUACUCUCAUAAUAAUGUUUGUUUUGUUACCUUGUAGUUCUAUUUGCUCAUGUUUAGGGUCAAGAAAAUAAAUGAACAUAUGCAUUUUGCUUUUAUUUCAGAGUAAGUCAUUUACUUUUUCCAACUUGUAAUAACCAGGGAACCCAUGUGUGUUGUAAAUAAUAUUCUUGAACCGUAGGUGCUUCUUAAACUUAACAAGAAAAAGAUUUUUAAAAGACUGUACCCUCACAUUAUUUUACAAAAAAUAAAGAAAUGAGAA